UUGAAUCAUGAUUGAAUCAUGGUAUCGAAAUUCGUGUGCCUAGUUUUGACAUCGGUAUUUGAUUUUAAUCGAUAAGUAUGUUGUACCAAUUGCGCUUCUAAAAUAAUAUGAUUUGUAGCCAUCAAUUACUUUAAUGGCAACAAACGCGAAUAUCGACGAAAAUUUUGAAACCCCCGAUUUUGACGAAGAUGAACUGGGCGAAGAGCAGUUUGUUUCUACAACCGCUGGGAGAAAAAGAUUGUUUAGCAAGGAGUUAAGAUGUAUGAUGUAUGGCUUCGGUGAUGAUAAGAAUCCUUAUACAGAAAGUGUAGACUUGUUAGAAGACUUGGUAAUUGAAUUCAUAACCGAAAUGACACACAAAGCAAUGGAAAUCGGACGUACCGGCCGUGUACAAGUCGAAGAUAUCAUAUUUUUGGUUCGAAAGGACCUUAGAAAAUAUGCCCGUGUUAAAGAUUUGUUGACGAUGAAUGAAGAAUUGAAAAAAGCGAGAAAGGCAUUUGAUGAAAUUAAAUAUGUUGGCAAUGAGGCUAAGAUUAAAUGACAAAAGUUUAAAUAAACAAAGCAUUUUCUUAAUUAUAGUAGUUGCAACUUUAUUUUUUACGAAUGGAAACAAAAUAUAUUGACAAUGACUUGUUUAA